UUACUCAGGCUUGGGGCCGUCUUGGGUAGAGACGCGGAGCGGAAGUGGGCUUUCCUGGCAGAGAGGCCGGCUGGGCCCGGUUCCGGGUACCACUUAGUCGGUGACAGAGGAGGAGGAGGAGGAGGAGAAAGCGGGGAGGGAGAGGAAGAGGAGGUGGAAAAGAUGGCGUCGGACUUGGAGACGGAGAUCCAGGCUAUAGAAAGGAGCUUAUUGGAAUGCUCCGCGGAGGAGACCGCCUUGAAAUGGCUGCAGUCAUCUGAUCUACCUAAGGAAAUAUACAAGCACCUGGCCUACUAUGUACCAAGGAUAUAUUGUAGGGGUCCUAAUCCAGUUCCACAUAGAGAAGAUAUGCUUGCACAACUUGUCUUGCUUGGCCCGUUAGAAUGGUACUUGUGUGGUGAAGAUCCUGCAUUUGGCUUCCAAAAACUUGAGCAGGCAAACAAACCUUCCCAUCUUUGUGGCCGAGUUUUUAAAGUUGGAGAACCUACAUAUUCUUGCAGAGACUGUGCAGUUGAUCCAACUUGCGUGUUAUGCAUGGAAUGCUUUCUGGGAAGUGUUCACAGAGAACAUAGAUACAGGAUGACAACUUCUGGUGGUGGAGGUUUCUGUGAUUGUGGCGAUGCUGAAGCUUGGAAAGAAGGUCCUUAUUGCCAAAAGCAUGAACAUAACAUUUCAGAAACUGAAGAGGAGGAGGAUCCACUUGUGCACUUGUCAGAAGAAAUGAUAGCAAAAGUUUAUAAUAUUUUUGCUAUCAUGUUUCAAUAUGCUGUAGAUAUAUUAACAUGGGAAAAAGAAAAUGAACUGCCACCAGGUUUAGAAACAGGCAAAAAGAGUGAUACGUACUACUGUAUGCUUUUUAAUGAUGAAGUUCACACAUAUGAACAGGUUAUUUACACUCUUCAGAAAGCAGUCAAUUGUACACAAAAGGAGGCCAUUGGUUUUGCAACUACUGUAGACAGAGAUGGACGCAGGUCAGUUCGCUAUGGAGAUUUUCAGUACUGUGAUCAAGCCAAAUCAGUGAUUGUGAGAAAUACCAGUCGCCAGACUAAGCCACUGAAAGUUCAAGUUAUGCAUUCAUCUAUUGUUGCCCAUCAGAGUUUUGGUUUGAAACUUCUGACUUGGCUGGGUAACAUUAUUGGAUACUCAGAUGGUCUUCGAAGAAUACUUUGUCAGGUUGGCUUACAGGAAGGACCAGAAGGAGAAAACUCUUCUCUUGUGGAUAAACUAAUGCUGUCUGAUUCAAAACUUUGGAAAGGAGCUAGAAGCGUGUACCAUCAGUUAUUCAUGAGCAGCCUGCUUAUGGAUUUGAAGUACAAGAAACUUUUUGCUGUCCGGUUUGCAAGAAAUUAUGAGCGAUUGCAGAAUGAUUUUGUGAAAGAUGACCACGACAAAGAGUACUCAAUUGCUGAACUCUCAGUACAGAUAUUCACAGUGCCUUCGCUUGCUCGAAUGUUAAUAAUAGAAGAAAACCUCAUGACAACUAUCAUUUCAACAUUCAUGGACCAUUUACGUCAUCGAGAUGUGCAGGGCCGGUUUCAGUUUGAACGGUACACUGCCCUCCAGGCUUUCAAAUUCCGACGAGUACAAAGCCUGAUUCAGGAUUUAAAGUAUGUGUUGAUAAGCAAGCCGCUUGACUGGACAGAUGAUUUGAGACAAAAAUUUCUAGAAGGAUUCGAUGUUUUCUUGGAGUUGCUAAAGUGUAUGCAGGGUAUGGAUCCUAUAACCCGUCAAGUAGGGCAGCAUAUUGAAAUGGAACCAGAAUGGGAAGCAGCAUUCACAUUGCAAAUGAAACUGACACAUGUAAUCUCAAUGAUGCAGGACUGGUGUGCUUUAGAUGAAAAAGUGCUCAUUGAGGCCUAUAAGAAAUGUCUGACUGCACUGAUGCAAUGCCACAGUGGUUUUACUGAUGGAGAGCAGCCUAUUGAUCUCAACAUGUGUGGACACUCAGUCGAGACUAUCCGAUACUGUGUUUCUCAGGAAAAAGUUAGCAUUCAUCUCCCUGUUUCUCGUUUACUUGCAGGUUUACAUGUGCUUCUGAGCAGAACUGAAGUGGCAUACAAGUUUCCAGAACAGCUGCCAAUGAGUGAACUCAGUCCACCUAUGCUAAUAGAACAUCCCCUACGGUGUCUUGUUCUAUGUGCCCAAGUGCAUGCUGGAAUGUGGAGAAGAAACGGCUUCUCGCUUGUCAACCAAAUAUACUAUUAUCAUAAUGUGAAAUGCAGAAAAGAAAUGUUUGACAAAGACAUAGUAAUGCUUCAGACAGGUGCAUCCAUGAUGGAUCCGAACCAUUUCCUCAUGAUAAUGCUGAGUCGCUUCGAACUUUAUCAGAUAUUUAGUACUCCUGAUUAUGGCAAAAGAUUCAGCUCUGAAAAUUCCAAUAAGGAUGUGGUUCAGCAAAACAAUACACUCAUUGAAGAAAUAUUGUACCUGAUUAUAAUUAUCGUUGGUGAGAGAUUUAUUCCUGGUGUUGGCCAGGUGAAUGCUACAGAUGAAAUCAAAAGAGAAAUUGUCCAUCAGUUGAGCAUCAGACCCAUGGCUCACAGUGAAUUAGUAAAAGCAUUGCCGGAAGAUGAGAACAAAGAGACUGGAAUGGAAACUGUCAUCGAAUCAGUGGCCUGUUUCAAGAAACCAGGAUUAACAGGCAGAGGAUUGUAUGAGUUGAAACCCGAAUGUGCUAAAGAGUUCAACCUGUAUUUUUAUCAUUUUUCAAGGGCUGAACAAUCCAAGGCUGAGGAAGCCCAAAGAAAACUAAGGCGACAGAAUCGGGAAGAUACAGCGCUUCCACCUCCUGUUCUACCUUCAUUCUGCCCUCUUUUUGAAAGCCUGAUCAAUAUUCUCCAAUGUGAUGUCAUGUUGUGCAUUAUGAGGACAAUAUUGCAGUGGGCAGUAGAGCAUAAUGGCUAUGCCUGGUCAGAGUCCAUGCUUCAAAGGGUUCUGCAUUUGACUGGAAUGGCACUACAGGAAGAAAAACAACACAUUGAAAAUGCUGAUGAAGAUAAUGUGGUGACAUUUACCUUCAGUCAGAAGAUCUCAAGGCCCGGUGAGGCACCACGCAAUUCUCCAAGUAUAUUAGCCAUGCUAGAAACUUUGCAAAAUGCACCCCAUCUAGAAGUGCACAAGGACAUGAUCAGAUGGGUAUUGAAGACUUUUAAUGCUGUAAAGAAGGUCCGGGAGCGAUCUUCUACAAGUCCUGUAUCAGAGACUGAGGGAAAUAUUAUGGAAGAGGUAAAAAGCACACGAGACAAAGAAAAGGCUGAGAGAAAGCGAAAAGCUGAAAUUGCCAGAUUGCGAAGAGAGAAAAUAAUGGCUCAGAUGUCUGAAAUGCAGCGACACUUCAUUGAUGAAAACAAAGAACUUUUCCAACAGACGUUAGAUGAAUUUGAAACUACUACCUCGAGGGUGCAUGAUAAUAGUCCUUCAGUUUCAGAUACCAAGCUUAUAGCCUUGGGCCCUGAACAAACUAAAGUGACUGAGAUGAGACAAGUGGUUACAUGUAUCUUGUGUCAAGAAGAGCAGGAGGUUAAAAUGGACAACCAAGCCAUGGUCCUGGCAGCAUUUGUUCAGAGAUCAACAGUCUUGUCAAAAAAUAGAAAUAAAGUGAUUCCGGAUCCUGAUAAAUACGAUCCAUUAUUCAUGCACCCAGACCUGUCAUGUGGUACGCACACUGGUAGCUGUGGACAUAUUAUGCAUGCCCACUGCUGGCAGAGAUACUUUGAUGCAGUGCAAGCAAAAGAGCAAAGACGACAACAGAGAUUGCGAGUCCACACAAGUUACGACGUAGAAAAUGGUGAAUUUCUUUGCCCUCUUUGUGAAUGUCUAAGCAACACUGUCAUUCCUCUGCUUCCUCCACCAAGGAGUUUAUUUAACAGGUUAGAAUUUUCAAGUCAACCAAAUCUAGCUCACUGGAUCAGAACAGUAACUCAGCAAAUUAAAGCACUGCAUAUCCUUCGAAACCAGGAAACUGCUGGUAACUCCUCCUGUAGCAACUCAGAAAAAAUGGAUGAGCUACAGCUUCCUGAAGGGUUUAGACCAGAUUUUCAACCAAAGAGUCCAUAUUCUGAAAGCAUUAAAGAAAUGCUGAAAACAUUUGGCACUGCAACAUAUAAAGUGGGUCUGAAAGUUCAUCCCAACGAAGAAGAUCCUCGUGUACCUAUCAUGUGCUGGGGCAGUUGUGCAUACACAAUACAAACAAUAGAACGAAUUUUAGCUGAUGAAGACAAACCAUUAUUUGGUCACUUGUCUUGUAGACAGGAUGACUGCCUUACUUCGUUAACUAGAUUUGCUGCAGCCCACUGGACAGUUUCUUCACUUCCAAUAGUACAGGGUCACUUUUGUAUGCUUUUAUCAUCAUUGGUGCCUAAUGAAAAAAAUGGGAAUUCUGCAUGCAUUCUUGAUAUCGACAUGUUUCAUCUACUGGUGUGCCUGGUGCUCUCUUUCCCUGCUCUGCACUGUCAGGACUUUUCAGGAGUUAGCCUUGGUACUGGCGAUCUUCAUAUCUUCCAUCUUGUCACUAUGGCACAUAUUGUACAAAUAAUGCUUACUUCAUCUACAGAAGAAAAUGGCAUGGACCAAGAAAAUCAUACUGGUGAAGAAGAAGCAGUACUUGCUUUGCAUAAAUGCCUAGGCCAGUAUGCAGGAAGUGCCUUGACAGAAAUUUCCUCUGGAUGGCAUCUGUGGAGAAGUAUAAAAGCUGGGAUCAUGCCCUUUUUGAGGUGCUCUGCAAUGUUUUUCCACUAUUUAAAUGGAGUUCCAGUACCACCAGAAUUACAAGUCAGCGGGGCAAACCAAUUUGAACACUUAUGCAAUUAUCUCUCCUUGCCAAACAAUCUCAUUUGCCUUUUUCAAGACAACAGCAAAAUUGCAAACACAUUAGUAGAAAGCUGGUGUAAUAAUGAUGAAGUAAAACGAUACCUGCAAGGUCAGAGACAAGCCAUAAGCUAUCCACGAGAAUCUAACAAACUGAUAGAUCUUCCUGAUGAUUACAGUUGCCUCAUCAAUCAAGCAUCGAAUUUUUCGUGCCCAAAAUCAGGUGGUGAUAAAAGCAGAGCACCAACAUUGUGCCUUGUAUGUGGUACUUUGUUGUGUUCUCAGAGUUACUGUUGUCAAACAGAACUGGAAGGAGAAGAUGUAGGAGCUUGUACUGCACAUACUUACUCCUGUGGCUCUGGAGUGGGAAUCUUUCUCAGAGUACGGGAGUGUCAGGUGCUGUUCCUAGCUGGGAAAACAAAGGGCUGCUUCUACGCUCCUCCCUACCUUGAUGACUAUGGAGAGACAGAUCAAGGCCUCAGGCGUGGGAAUCCUUUGCAUCUCUGCGGAGAGCGAUUCAAAAAGAUUCAAAAACUCUGGCAACAGCACAGUAUCACAGAAGAAAUAGGACAUGCACAAGAAGCAAAUCAAACUUUAGUAGGCAUUGACUGGCAGCAUUUAUAAUUUAUUUUCUGAGGACUGGAACUUCAUUAUCUUUUUUUUUUAAAUCCCGAAAAAAUGGUCAAAGAAGUGGAAAAUUAGGAAAAAAAGGAUUGAAACAAUAAAGAGAAGAUUCUAGUUUUUUAAUUCACUUUUUCCAUGUUUGUUUUGUUCAUUUCCUGGUUACUAUAACCAUCUAAACACUACUUUGCAUUGCAGGUUUAAUCAAUAGUAUUCUUUGGUUCCUUCAAACACAAUUUUUAGUUUUUAUAACUUGGACUAGUGAAAUUUAAAUUUCUGGUACAAAAGUGGCAAUCUCCCUGGUAUCUGGCUGAUUUUUUUUUUUUAACAAUUAAAAGGGGAGGGAAAUCUCUGCCAAAUGGCCGUUAAACCAAGCACAAUGUUGAGGUGGUUUGUUUGCCCUCUGGUAGUAAAUCUGAGCCAAUUAAUUUCCUUUUUAGUACUUAAAAUGUUCUUUACAUGAAUUGAAUUAAAUGAAAUAAGGGUGCAAAAAUGUAGCAAUGGAUCCAUCUAAAAUAGGGCAUAAGAACAUUCAUUGUAUCUAAAAUGGUUUUGUAAUCUGCAGCCUUGAAAGGGCUCAUUUGCUUUUGUAUUCUUGUUAUGUGGAAGGAUAUUUAAUAAGGAAAAUUAAUACUUAAAGAUAUUUCUGAAGCCUUGCACUCUUUAAAUAUAUUGUGUGGAUUGUGAUAAUGAAAUACCGGGCAAAAUAACUUUGUUUUCAAUGCUGUGAUUGGUAGACUUCAGUGUUAAAAAGGUUGACAUUUUUCUAGAAUGAGAUACUAAGUUUGCAAAUCAUCUGUCAAAGAUGUCAUCUUAUUUCAAGACAACUUUGAGGAAGAGAAUGAAGAUUUUUAAAACAUGUUUGUUUACUUCCAGCUUUCAAUAUUCAGGAUACACUUGCCUUUUUACAGAUUUGAAGAUAACACAAAAUACUAAGUAGAACACAUGGACUGUUCUUCCCCUUUCCGCCUAAGUUUGCAGACUUCUAAUUGCAGUUUUCUCAUUCU